AUGGCUACCACUACCACCACUGCAACACCACAACAAACGACGACGUUGAAUGACGGCGGACGGCGGCCGCAAAAGGCCAAAGCAAUGCCAGUGACUGGAUACUCUGGAAAGACGAUAGAUGCAUUCUAUGAUCGACGCCCUUUGCAAGUGGGCUGGAGACUAAACUCGCUCGGAUUCCCACUGCUCGGGUGGUAUUUGGGAUUGUUGAUGGACAAUACACUCGGAAUAUCCGACAAACCUGAUGUCCAAAGGAAACGAGGAGCUGAGCUUCGAGAGCUUUUAGUGCGGUCGAGGAGUGUAGCAUUGAUCAAGUCUGGACAGGCGUUAAGCUUACGGCCGGAUCUAAUUCGCAACAAGAUAUGGGCAGAAGAAUUGGGGAAAUUAGUAGAUGCAGUCGGCGCCUUUGACGAUUUGGAAGCCAUGAAAAUAAUAAAAAAGGAGCUGGAGGAUUUGGCACCCAGAAUGAAAGUCACGAGAGAUUUCUGGAAGGAUGCCUUCAAAAAGAACAAAGCAAAGGCGGUAACAAAAUUGGAAAAAUUUGUAGCGAACGAUCCUACACUGAGUCUGUUUGAGUUCUACAAUGGAAACCAAGCAAUUGCCUCCGCUUCGAUUGGGCAAGUUUACAAGGCUCGGAUUCGAAGAGGACCGCAACUAGAGGCUGCCAUUGGAAAGGAGAAUGCCGCCAAGUGGGGAGGUAGAGUAGUCGCCAUCAAGGUCCAACGACCCGAUGUGGCAGCCUCUGCUGCUUUGGACAUGUACCUGCUUCGAAAAACGGCACUAUGGGCAAGUAGAAUGAGAGGAGGGGAUCUUCCAAAGAUUGCCGAUCAAUUUGGAUUACAGCUAUUCGGAGAGCUAGAUUAUGUUCGGGAAGCCAACAAUUGCGAGCGCUUUCGAGAUUUAUAUGGAUCUUGGGAGAAUGUUUUCGUACCUGAUGUUUGCAACCCGCUGACACGGCGUCGUGUCCUUGUGCAAGAAUGGGUCGAAGGAAAGAAGGGACCCUGGCCAGGUGAAUCAGGACUUGAAACAGUCCAAAUUGGUAUUCGUUGCUCGGUAGAUCAACUCAUGACUACUGGGUUGUUUCAUGCCGAUCCGCACAGGGGAAAUCUUCUGAAGACAGAAGAAGGCAACCUCGCCUUCCUGGACUUUGGCAUGAUGGCAGACAUUGACGAGGAGGAUCGCUAUGGUCUGUUCGGUCUUGUCAUUGGCCUACAAAAUAAGGACUUGCCUCUUAUCACUGAGAAUUUGCUAAAAGUACAUCCCAAAUUCCGAUUGGUUCGUGGCUCUUAUCCCUACGUCUUGAACCAAUUGCUGUCACCCGACGACAAUCAAAGAACUCCCGCAGCGCUCCAGAAGUUGCUUAUUCGUCUGUUGACAAUCAAUGGAAAAGAAAAAGAGAUUGACUGGGAGCGACUCCGCGAUUUGCUUCAACUAGCCCAAAAGGCACGAUCCAAAUACAAUCCUUCCGACGUGGACAGUGACGACGACCGAGCCCAACUCUCCCGCCAAACCAUUGAUCUAUUCUUUCGAUUCCUCACUAGUAAGACUGGUCUAUUCCUCAAACGACCAUUGGUCCACGAACUGGCCCAAGCGAUUGACGGGAUGGCCAGUAUUGGCGAAGGAAGACUCCUCGCAGCUAGCCGUGGAUUGUUGCCCGCUCUUCCAGGUAUGAAAGGUCCCAUCAACGAACGUGUCAUGAACGAAAUGCGACAAAUGUUAGAUACCUUUCAAGACGCUUUGACGGUAGAGAAUGGCAGCAGUCGGAACAAGGAAUCAUCAUCUUCCCCCUCCUUUGUAGGCCAAAGCCAAGCUCGAUUGGAAGCCAUGCGACAAGUCCUUCAAGAAGUAUCCGUCCUGAUCACGGACGAGCGGUUACGCGACGACGCUGGUCCCUUGUUGGAAGAAGUACGAUCCGUCAUUCAAAUGGUGGCAGUGGAGGUCCUCGAAAUUCGAGGAUCCCGGGCCGUUCGAUCCAUCAUGGGACUGGAACCAGCUCCUCGAUGA